GUACAAACGCUUGUUGCUCAAACUUGUCCUGGGUCACCACGUCGGAUACGUAAUUUCAAGCGGGCUAUCAUUAAAAUUAUUUAAUCGUCGGCCCUCGAUAAUGUUAAAUUAUUUUUAUCAACAGAAGCUGCAAGCUUGUCUUGUGUGAAUACAAUAAAUUCGAAAAAUACUGCCCAGGCGAUUAAUUUGAAAAAUAAUCCUAGUUAUUUUCAAAACCGUGUUGCUGUGUUUGUGAAAAUAAAAUAUAUUUCAAUGAAGAUUUAAAGUGCUUUUCAGUUCGAUAGAUUUCAAAAAUAGAUCUAUAAUAAAUCAAAUAAAAAAUAAAUCAAAAAAUGGAAUUGAGAAGAGGCAUUCCAAAAGGCUAUGCACGGUGAAAAUAACACUUAGAAUUUAUCUGAAUGAAUGUGUAAACGGACAACGGAAAUUUAAUUAAAUUGCGAGCCGUUCGAAUAAGUAUUGUGGUGCGGAAACAGAUUCCGGCCCCGCAUUCAGCCGUUUUUGUGCGUUUAUUUUUUCCCAUCCAAUAUAAUAAGAGAUCGAAGUGCGAAUGUUUACAGUGGGAGGGGCGAGAAAACAAAUAGGCCAAAAGUGUUGAACGCAAACAAUAACUUGAAAUGAUUGCGGACAAAGUCAUCACCUGAAAACAGUUCAACAGUUUUGAGAGCAAUCCGACAGGCACUUGCGCCAACUGUGGAGGAAUCCACACAUGAAAUUUAAUCCCAUUCAUUAUGAGGAAAUCAAUUUACCAGAAUGCAGCCAUUCGAAGAUUUUGGCACUAGGAUAGUUGGAUUUUUGGCUGUAUUCCUGCUGUUUCAGUCGUGCAACUGCCUAGACUCUCAGCUCCAGGGAAACAGCAGCACCACCACAACCACCAGUCCCACAGUGGUUACUCUGGGCCAGACUGCCCACCCAGAGCUAGAGCUUCAAAUGCACCACUAUGUGACCAUGUUACCGAAUCCUCCCUUGGCCAGUAAUGUCAGUCUGAAAACCUACGAAACGUCUCACAAAAUUCGUUCAAAUCUCACACCCGAUGGCGAAAUCACUGACCUGAGUACAAACGUAACGCUUUACAUGGAAAAGAUUCCGCGACUGCUGGUUCGAUGGCAGGAUAAUUUGCCAGAAGGAACUUCAUACAAUGUCCUUGUGAGUGCAUUGAAUAACAGUCGCUGUCCGGAUGCGCCGUGCAGUGAGUACGGCAUCAAACAGAAGCCGUCGGACUCCGGAUACGUCUACCUGCCCAUGAACCCCAACCUGAACGUGGAGUCCGUCGAUUGCAACUACAUGUUCGGGUGUCAGUACAAGGUUACAGUGGAGACCUCUAAUGCACUGGUUCGGCGUUCUGCCAGGGUCUACAUUCCACAAUGUGUGGCUGGCAAGUGCUCCUGCCAACUGACACCGACUCCCCCGAAGGUCCUGGCCGUGGGCAAAAUGGUGGGCAAUGACACCAUCAGCAUCAAUCUCUCCAUCCAGGCUAGUGAUCCGUUCCGGAAGGAACAAGACACCCACCUGCACGAGACCCUCAGGACAUACAAAAUGCAAUUAAAAAUAAACGAAGAGACGAACCCCUCCCUGCCAUGGGGUGGAGUUUUAAAACAUCUCGUGACCAGGGAGUUCAACGUGAGCGAGUUGCACUUCCGACCCACUCCAAAGGGCUUCGAUGGCAGCAUCAAACUAGGACUGGGGACACAGCUCAAGGAAAAGGCCUCCAUCAGUCUCCAGGCCGUCAUUAUUGAUGCCCUAGGUUGCGAGGGGCCUCGCAGUGUUACCAAGGUUCCUGUGCCUGCUAAUCCUGUUUUAGUGACGGAGGGCGACAGCGUGAGCAACUCCAUAGUAAUAAUGAGUGGCAUGCUCAUCGCCAUAAUCCUGGCAGGCCUUAUAAUGUUUAUCCUGCGACAUAAAAGAGCAAAGACCAAGGCCAAGCUGAGGAAGCAAGAGGAGAUAUAUUUUCAAACGUUUGCCACCUCGGCCAUUGAGAUGGAGGAGAACCUCAACUACGUGGACAAAUACGUGGAGAAGUCCCAGGUCCUUGGUUUGGCAGACAUCUUCGAGGUGCCCCACUCAUCCAUUCACAUUGGACGUGUCCUGGGCGAAGGUGCCUUUGGACGCGUUCACGAGGCCACCGCCAUAAAUUUGCGCCGAAUGAGGGGCACCACCAUUGUGGCCGUGAAGCAGCUUAAGGCCAAUCCCACGGCAGAUGAGGUGGCCGAAUUCCUGGCCGAGAUUGAAAUGCUCAAAGGCGUAGGAACCCAUCACAAUGUGGUGUGCUUUCAGGGAUGUUGCACUAUAAAGCCGCCAUAUCUGAUGAUAAUGGAAUUUGUGGGACGAGGAAACUUGUUGAGCUAUUUGCGAACGGUGCGCCAGGAGGCUACUAAGCUGAAAAAUCGAAAUGCCAACUACACCAGUUGCCGGCCAAUCAGCACAUCGUCGCAAAAGACCCAGAGUGUAAACUACAUCGAAUUGAAGGCAGCCACACAGAGCAUGGAGCUGGAGAACUCUGACAACCACAGCCUAUUGAACGGACAUGGUCCAAGGCAGCCGCAUCCUUCGGUGGCUGAAACCACCUACACGAUUGUGGAGGAAGACGAGCCGUUCGAGUACAUCCUCGAUAACAAGGAGCUGCACAACUUCGCCCUGCAGAUUGCUAAUGGAAUGCGAUUCCUAGAAGAGCAGGAAAUCACACACAGAGACCUGGCGGCUAGGAACGUUUUAAUUGACAGCAAUAAGACUCUGAAAAUAUCAGAUUUUGGGCUUUCGAGGCAUGGAAUAUAUACAAACACGAAAACUCGAAAGCUACCCCUGCGCUGGCUCUCGAUUGAAGCGAUUCGCGACAAUGUUUACUCCAGCAAGAGCGAUGUCUGGGCAUACGGCGUGGUGCUUUGGGAGAUUGGCACCUUGGGCGCCUCCCCCUACCCGACGAUCAGCAACAGUGAGCUAAUACCCUUCCUGAUGGGAGGCAACCGGCUAGAGAGGCCGGAUAUCUGCACCCCUCAGGUGUACACCAUCAUGCUACAGUGCUGGCUGGAGGAGCCGGAAAAGCGACCCACCUUCGACGCCCUGUACAAGGUGCUGCGGCCAAAGACCACCUACGUGGAUAUCAACAGUCUGAGUGAUGAUUACGUAUUCCCGCCGAUUAGUGAGAAUAGAGAAUAGACUAAG